ACAACCGCCGUUGUUCCAUUCAGCGAACCUCAACAUGGCAUCCGACGGACCACCGGGUACCGACUCUCUCCCGUCUGAUAUAGGGAGUGCUAUCGUAGCUUUGAACUCAUGGAGCCACCCGGAGCUUCAGGCCAAGCUGGCGGAGCUUGGAGCACCUACGAUGGGCCCUAGAGAGGAGCUGAUUGACAGACUAAAGGGCUACAUGAUGCAGACUGGAAUUAUCCUCACCAAACCUAACGAAGAUAAAUCAGUGGGCUCCCAGAUGCCAGGGAUGCCUCAUUUGCCCCCGAUGCCCAUGCCGCCCAUGCCUCCUGGUAUGAGUAUGCUCCAUUCUAUGAUGCCCCCCGGAGCUCCCCCUCCACCUGGCAUACACAUGGGAAUGGAGCACACAAGUUUACCCCCUCCGGGCAUGACGCAUGAUGAUCAGCUGAAGAUGGCUCAGCAGAGAGCUGCCAUGGUUUUACAGCAGGAGGAAAGAGCCAAGCAGCAGGGAGAUGAACAUGACCUUCUGGAGCAACAGAAAAGGGCUGCCGUGCUACUGGAACAAGAGCGUCAGCAGGAAAUGGCUACGAUUCCUGUCGGCGGUGUUCGAGUUUCCCUCUUGGACCCUCGUGGGCCGCUGCCUCCUGGUGUCACUUUGUUGCCAUCUCAGAAACAGAGGGUGCCCCCUCCUCCAGGAGAAGAUAACAGAGAGGCCUGGCAGAACGAGGAAAUAAGUGUCAGUGGGCCCAAGAUCCCCCAGGCUCUGGAGAAAAUCCUCCAACUGAAGGAAAUCAGACAGGAGCAGCACACUGAUCCAGCAGAAGAAGAUUAUGAAAGAGGAGAGAUGGAUGUGACCAAUUCUUCUGGUCUGAUGUCUGAGACGGAUGACGAUGACAGUCAGAUGUCUAAAAAAGAUAAAAACCGCAAACGCAGGAACCGCAAAAAGAAGAGCAAGAAGAAGCGUGCGCAGGAGAAGAAGGAGCAAGCCGAGCAGAAGAAGGAGGGCAGCAACAAGCAAAAGGACAAAGAAAAGGACGCAGAGGUGGAGAUCGAGUACGUCACAGAAGAGCCGGAGAUCUACGACCCCAAUUUUAUCUUCUUCAAAAGGAUUUUUGAGGCAUUUAAGCUGACUGAUGAUGUGAAGAAAGAGAAGGAGAAGGAGCCUGAGAAGACUGAAAAGCACGAGACAAUGGGCAUGAUGCGGAAGAAAGGAUUUGAAGAGGAGAGGAAGGACAGCGAUGACAGCGAUGAGGAAGCAAGACCAGAUGCACCUAAACUGUCCAAGAAGAAGCUGAGGAGGAUGAACAGGCUGACUGUAGCUGAGCUCAAGCAGCUGGUGGCUCGUCCAGAUGUUGUGGAGAUGCAUGAUGUGACAGCUCAGGAGCCCAAGCUGCUGGUCCACUUAAAGGCCACCAGGAACACAGUCCCAGUUCCUCGCCACUGGUGCUUCAAAAGAAAGUAUCUGCAGGGGAAGAGAGGUAUAGAGAAGCCUCCGUUUGAGCUGCCAGAGUUCAUCAAGAGGACAGGAAUUCAGGAGAUGAGGGAGGCUCUACAAGAGAAGGAGGAUGCCAAAACGAUGAAAACCAAAAUGAGAGAGAAGGUUCGUCCCAAGAUGGGGAAAAUCGACAUCGACUACCAGAAGCUGCACGAUGCUUUCUUCAAAUGGCAAAUCAAACCUAAACUCACAAUCCAUGGAGACCUUUACUACGAGGGUAAAGAGUUUGAAACCCGCCUGAAAGAGAAGAAGCCUGGAGAUCUGUCUGAUGAGCUGCGUAUUGCUCUGGGGAUGCCAGUAGGACCUAACGCUCACAAGGUGCCACCUCCCUGGUUGAUAGCCAUGCAGAGGUACGGCCCCCCUCCCUCCUACCCCAACCUCAAGAUCCCUGGACUCAACUCCCCCAUCCCAGAGAACUGUACUUUUGGUUAUCACGCUGGAGGGUGGGGGAAGCCGCCAGUAGAUGAGAUGGGCAAACCACUCUACGGUGACGUGUUUGGGACCAAUUCAGCGGACUUCCAGGCUAAAGCUGAGGAGGAAGAGGUGGACCACACUCCAUGGGGAGAGCUGGAGCCUUCAGAUGAGGAAUCAUCAGAGGAAGAAGAGGAGGAGGAGAGUGAUGAAGAGAAGCCAGAUGAAACUGGAUUCUUCACACCAGCAGACAGUGGGCUGAUAACUCCUGGAGGCUUCUCAUCAGUACCAGCCGGCAUGGAGACUCCAGAGCUGAUCGAGCUGAGGAAGAAGAAGAUCGAGGAGGCCAUGGAUGGGAAUGAAACACCCCAGCUCUUCACUGUUCUCCCAGAGAGAAGAACUGGCCCUGUAGGAGCAGCCAUGAUGGCCUCAACACACAUCUACGAAAUGUCACAGCCCAUGGUGAGCCGUAAGACAGGUGGAGGACAGGAGUCGCAGGGUGUGGAGGUGGCCCUGGCCCCUGAGGAGUUGGAGCUUGACCCAAUGGCCAUGACACAGAAGUACGAGGAGCAUGUCAGAGAGCAACAAGCCCAGGUGGAGAAGGAGGACUUCAGCGACAUGGUGGCUGAGCACGCCGCUAAACAGAAGCAAAAAAAGAGGAAGGCCCAGCCACAGGAUACACGAGGUGGUGCCAAGAAGUACAAAGAGUUCAAGUUCUAGAGAAACGGCAAGACAAAAAACACAGCGAGAGUCGGACACCACGGGAAGUGAAAGGGGAAGAGACCUGCUCGGAUUUCAGUUUCAGAGGAUGCAGAAUACUACAGCGGCCACCUUUUAGACAAAUAAAAACAGCUUGUUUCUUUUAAAAAAAUGUUUCAACAAUGUUGACAAAACACAUCUCAUAAUGUAGUUGUCUCAUAUGAAUGGUAGCACGUGCUUUUUCUGUUUAAUCUCUACCUUUUUUAGGUCUUGUUUUUUUUCACAAUAUUUUGGGUUUUUGUAAAUAAAUGAAGUGAUGAUAAAAAGA